CAAGAACCCGCCGUCGUCCCCAAACCCUAGCCACCGAGUGUGUGCGUGAGAGAGAGAGAGAGAGGUAAGAGAGAAUCAGAAAUGGGACGUGUGAUUAGGGCACAGCGUAAGGGAGCAGGGUCGGUCUUCAAGUCCCAUACCCACCACCGGAAGGGGCCUGCCAGGUUCCGCAGCCUCGACUUUGGCGAACGCAAUGGUUACCUCAAGGGUGUCAUCACCGAAAUCAUCCACGAUCCCGGCCGUGGUGCUCCUCUGGCUCGCGUCACAUUCCGUCAUCCUUUCCGCUACAAGCACCAGAAGGAGCUGUUUGUCGCCGCUGAGGGCAUGUACACCGGCCAGUUCGUUUUCUGUGGGAAGAAAGCGAAUUUGAUGGUUGGAAACGUCCUUCCUCUCAGAUCUAUCCCUGAGGGAGCUGUCGUUUGCAACGUAGAACAUCAUGUCGGUGACCGUGGUUCGUUCGCCAGAGCUUCCGGUGAUUACGCCAUCGUUAUUAGUCACAAUCCCGAUAACGGCACCACUAGGGUGAAGCUGCCAUCAGGAGCAAAGAAGAUCGUGCCGAGUGGAUGUCGUGCUAUGAUCGGUCAGGUUGCCGGAGGAGGGCGUACUGAGAAGCCUAUGCUGAAAGCUGGUAACGCAUACCAUAAAUUCCGUGUGAAGAGAAACUGCUGGCCUAAGGUUAGAGGUGUUGCCAUGAAUCCAGUGGAGCAUCCCCAUGGUGGUGGUAACCAUCAACACAUUGGUCAUGCAAGUACGGUUCGCCGUGAUGCACCACCUGGUCAAAAGGUUGGUCUUAUCGCCGCCAGAAGAACUGGGCGUCUCAGAGGUCAAGCUGCAGCUACUGCUGCUAAGGCUGAUAAAUAGGUUUUUUGAUAUUUUUGUUUCAGAAUACUGUUAUGUUGGUUUGUUGCUGCGAGUUUAUCAUGGUUCAGUUUUGUUUGAAAUUUGACUCUUGAAGGUUAGUCUACAUAUUCUUGAUGUCUGUUUUACAUUCUCAUGAGUAACUUAAUCAUGUCUUAUAACAA